AUGAAAGCUUUCCGCUAUUAAGUUACUCUCAAUAUUAGCAAAGUAGAGCUCUCUGUUAAAUUUCCUUGCACUUUAUAAGUUAUGUGGAAAAGAGGACUUAAUAAAUGUUUAACCAGAACCAAAGAAAAAACUAAAAAUACUUUCAUUGUUAAUGAAGUACUCACUCUUGAUUUUAAUGUUGCAGAAAACACUUUAAAAAAGACACAUCUUAUUGCUCUUCUUAAUGUUGAUGGAUAAUCAAAGCUUGCUGGUGUUGUUAAUUUUAAUAUUAAUGAAACUAUGCCUAUUGAAGGACAUUGUGCACUCAAUCUAGAAAGAAGUCCUGAUCCUAAUGCCAAAAUAUAUUUUUUAUAUCAAGUAGUCAAUCUAGGAGAAACUGAUCUUAGUGAAAGUUGUGCCAGUGAAUCAUUCCAUCAAAAAACACUUGCAGAAUCUAAUGCUUUUGAAAAAGAAAAUCUUAAUCAAAGAAUUCUUAGUCAAAAGAAAUCUAACAUUUAACAAAUCUCUGAUUAUGAAGUUCAAUUAACUAAAGAAUUAUAUGAAAAAAGUCUCAAAGAUCUUGAUCAAUAAAAAAUUAAAAAUACAUAAUUACAAGAUUAAAUUAAUCUAUUAUUAAAUGAAAAAACAACCUAUACUGAUGAACUUAAUAAAUUUAAAAAAUAAAUUAUCUAACUUAAAAAUGAAAAUGAAUAUCUUGAAGAAUAAUAUUAAUCAUCUAAAUAAGAAAUCAUUAAAUUUAAAGAAACUUCACUUUAAUUAAAUUAACUUCAAAUUUUGAAUGAUAAAAUCAAUCAUGAAAUUGAUAAUUACAAAAUUCAAAAUUCUAUUUUAGAAAAUAAAUUUUAAUAAGCAUUCAAAAAAGCUAAAUAGUUUGAAGAAAAAGCUGAAUUUUCACACUUCAAUAAAAUUGAUAGAUCUACUAAUACUUAAUUUAAUGAAAUCCCAGAAUAUAUUGAACAAAAUAGUACUAUUACAUAAUUAGAUGAAUAAGUCAAAGAAUAUAAGAGAAAAAAUGAUAAAUUAACUUAUGAAUUGCAAUUUACAAAUAAUAAGCUAAAAACUUUAGAAUAAGAAUUAUCCUAAUUAAAAUCCUAAAUGAUCCAAUAUAACAAUUAAUAAACUCAAUUAAAAGAUUAAUGUAAUAGAUUCGAAACUGAAAAUAAUAAAUUAAAGAUGUUAAUCAAAUAAUUGGAAUAGGAUUCAAAUAACAAAGAAAAGGUCUAAAAUAAAUGUUACAGCGAUUAUCAAAAACAAAUAGAUUCAUUAAAAGAUUAACUUAAAUAGAAUUCAGAAAAGGUACUUUAUAUAAUAUUUAUAUUCUUCAGUUAGAAUAAAUGAAGGAGAAGUAUCAAUAAGCGAAAGAGCGUAUUGAAAAAUAAAAUGAAAUAAUUGAAUAAUAAAAUGAUGAACUCACUAUGUAAAACAUGACAUUUCUUAAAGAGUUAUAAAUAAUUUCAAAAAGGCAGGAAUAAUUUGGAAUUGUUUGA